AUGUGGAACAACGGAGCAGACAACUUUGCGACGAGAACUGCACAGAUCUACUAUAGAGAAACUAUAGGAAAGAUCCAACAUGAGCCAGCAGGUGGCUACAAGACUCACCAUGAGGCAGCAGGUGGCUUCAAGACUCACCAUGAGCCAGCAGGUGGUUACAAGACUCACAAUGAGCCAGCAGGUGGCUACAAGACUCACCAUGAGCCAGCAGGUGGCUACAAGACUCACCAUGAGCCAGCAGGUGGCUACAAGACUCACCAUGAGCCAGCAGGUGGCUACAAGACUCACCAUGAGCCAGCAGGUGUCUACAAGACUCACCAUGAGCCAGCAGGUGGCUACAAGACUCACCAUGAGCCUGCAGGUGGCUACAAGACUCACCAUGAGCCUGCAGGUGGCUACAAGACUCAACAUGAGCCAGCAGGUGGCUACAAGACUCAACAUGAGCCAGCAGGUGGCUACAAGACUCAACAUGAGCCAGCAGGUGGCUACAAGACUCAACAUGAGCCAGCAGGUGGCUACAAGACUCAACAUGAGCCAGCAGGUGGCUACAAGACUCAACAUGAGCCAGCAGGUGGCUACAAGACUCACCAUGAGCCAGCAGGUGGCUACAAGACUCAACAUGAGCCAGCAGGUGGCUACAAGACUCACCAUGAGCCUGCAGGUGGCUACAAGACUCACCAUGAGCCAGCAGGUGGCUACAAGACUCACCAUGAGUCAGCAGGUGGCUACAAGACUCACCAUGAGCCAGCAGGUGGCUACAAGACUCACCAUGAGCCUGCAGGUGGCUACAAGACUCACCAUGAGCCUGCAGGUGGCUACAAGACUCACCAUGAGCCAGCAGGUGGCUACAAGACUCACCAUGAGCCAGCAGGUGGCUACAAGACUCACCAUGAGCCUGCAGGUGGCUACAAGACUCAACAUGAGCCUGCAGGUGGCUACAAGACUCACCAUGAGCCAGCAGGUGGCUACAAGACUCACCAUGAGCCUGCAGGUGGCUAG